AUGACAGUUAAAAGUGAAGAAUUACAUUUAGUUAAGAAAGAAACAAAUGGAAACAAUGAUUUAACUAAAUCUAACAUUGAAGAUUUUAAAUUAGAAAAUUCAGAAUUAUAUUCUUUUAAAGAAGAUAAGGAAGAUAAUUUAAUUAACGAUAACAGUGAAGUGCCUCAUAGAGUGUUAAAAAGAAAGAAAAAAACUGAAAAAAAUUUAGAAGUUAAGGUCAAAAAAAAUUCAAAAGAAAAAAAAAUCUCAAAUUCGGAUGAGCCUUGCGAUAAGAAAAAGAAAACAAAAUAUGAAAAAGAUGUAAAGUGCCCGAUUUGCAAAAAAACAUUCGCUUAUUUAUGUAUAUUAAAAGAUCACAUGGUCCAACAUACAGGUGCCAAACCUUAUUUGUGUUCUGCUUGUGGCAAAUCAUUUGGUCACACUGCAUCAUUAACAAAUCACAUGAAGACUCAUUAUUCUGACAAACCGCAUAAAUGUGACAGAUGCGAAUUGAGUUUUCACAGGCGAGCACACCUUGUAUUACACAUAAGAACGCACACGGGUGAAAAACCCUACGUCUGCGAUGUUUGCGGACGAGAUUUCGCACAAAGUACCUACCUCAAAGAACAUAAAAGAGUUCAUUCUGGUGAAAAACCCUUUGUGUGCGAUAUAUGCGGUCACGGAUUCGCCAGAAAAUCUUGCCUUGUUAUGCACAGGAGAGUUCACACGGGUGAACUACCCUACGCGUGUCCCGAAUGCGGACGAGCUUUCAGUCAAAGAUCGCAACAAAACGAUUUAGUAGUAGUACAAAGAGAUAAUACAAUACAACAAUAUCACGUGACAUCUCCUCCUCCUAACAAUUCCUCCAUGUUGGUUUAUCAUCAAGACAAUGUUUCAAUGUUAUAUCCGACAAUGGUCAUGCCUUUACCUCUAAUAUAA